CUUGCAGCACGAUGUUUUGCAGGACGUCGGCAGUGUUUACGGAAUGAAGACAAGUUUUGCUCUCAAUGCAGCAAAGACAUUAACUGGGGCAUUGUACAAAUUAAGAAAUUAAUAAAGAAUGUGAAGGAGUGUGCUGUGGUCAAACUGAGCAGAAUUUGAAGAUGGAUGUACUACAAGCCACUAAAUAGUCAACAAUAUAACAGACUUCUGAAUCAACAUUUUAACUACCAGCACCAUGAGACAAAGGCAGUUUUUCUUCGUGGUACUAAUCAUCAUGACCCUUGCAAUAAUAACAUUUAUGUCAUAUAAUCUUCACAGUACUACUAAACGUCAUUCACCAGCACUGGCAAACGAUUUAAGACGCCUAGCAGUAGACCUUUCUGAGACACAACGCAGCUUGGUACAUUUACCUUUGCAAUUCUACAAAGUUGGAGAAAGUAUUCAGCUUGUAAAGCAUUUGAUAAAAUCUGUGGAUGGACAAUGGGUGCAAGAGGACAAAGUUUCCAACAGUCCCCCGUCAAAAAAGUAUGUUACUAAGAGAGAGGUUUGUCCUGAGAAAUAUAUGGGAAAGGAUUCUGCUUAUGGCUUUCCAUUUUAUAGGAAAGGUUUCGAGGGAGAAAAUUGUACAGACUUUGUUCCAAUUGACAAGCUUGUGACUAUGGUUGCGACAUCACCGAAGGAACUAUCACAGGAAGAACUACAAAAACUGUUUGAAGGAAUUGCCACAUAUUAUCCAAGAGUUCCAGUAAUAUUUAUGUUAAACAAAACUUUUAAUUUCGAGAGGCUGAAAAAACCAAGUUUAAAUCUCAGCUUCACGGCAUUUGAUGACCUUAUGCAUGGAGCAACAUGGUCCAAGAUACUCAAGAUGGUAACCACACCGUAUGCACUCUUUGCCCCAGAUAUCAUGUACUUCACUGAUGAUGUUAAUCUUGAACGCCUUGUUCGGGUACUGAGUGAAAACAGGGAUACCAUCAUUGCAGGAGGAAGUCAUAAGAAUCAACGGGGGGAGUGGGACAAUAGCUGUCGUCAAGUGCAAUUCAGAAAUUGGACUGCAUAUUUUGCAGACGGGUAUUACCACUCGUUUAAUGAUUGUAUAGCAUGUGAUGUGCUGCUUGGUCCAUUCAUGACAAAAACCAAACAACUCCAGGAUCUUGGAAUUGAUCAAAAAUUACAUUUUGGUGCCUUUCACGAUUUAUUCUGGCGAUUAAAGCUCAAACAUCCAGAGAAAGUUGUUGUCAGCUGUCCUGAUGUCAUGUUCGACACUUAUGAGCCAGAAGUUCCGGAUGAGAAAUAUGACGCCUUGGUUAAAAAGUGGGAUGUGAAGAAAUGGGUGGAAUCAAAUGGACGAGUGCGUUGGUAUGGAUGCAGAAGAGGUACACACAACAGUAAAUCUUCCUGUGGUAUACCAGGCAAAGGAUUCACUGUUCCUCCUUGUGACUUGGAGAAUCUUGCUGACAUAGUCAAGUUUAUCAUGAGGGAAUGUGAAAAUACUGGGAUUCACUGUCAACUAAAUGCAGGAACACUAUUAGGAGCUGUUAAAUUUAAGAAGAUUUUGCCAUGGGAACGUGAUGCUGACGUGUACUUUAUUUCUGACAAUUACACGGCAAUUCAAAAGCUUCGUCCGAGGUUUGAAGCCGCAGGCUAUACGUUUAAAGAUACAAAAGGGACUGAAUGCUGCACAAAUGGACGUCGCACAUCUGGCAUUUUUUUAAUCUAUGGAAAUGGCUGGAAAGUUGACUUUUACGGUAGACCAACCCUGGAGGCUGAGAUACUUGUGGCCAAUGGUCAGCAGCCCACCAAAGUGAUGUUAGCUGGUCAGUGGGUUACUGCAACGCGCAAUCCUGGACUUGUUGCACGUAAUCGGUAUGGACCAAACAUGUAUCACCAUGUAGAGCAUUGGUCUAUUGUAGGAAAUACACAUGGGGAUGCGUUAUACAAAUCGGGUGUCUGGAACAAAUGUCCCAAGCCGGGACACACGGGGUGUCUAAACCAGUUCCAAACUGAUGGCGAUCGACAGUUUGGUGACCACUUUAUGACCUAAAUUGCUUUUCACUCCAAGAACACGGAAUGGAAAAACAGAGGGGGUCAAAUUUUGACAUACGCAUCAAACUAGCUGUUUAUAGUAAGUAAGUAAGUAAGUAAGUAAGGACUUUAUUUAUAGAGGGGGACACGUAACAGCUGAAUAGCAGACA